AUGAGUGCACAGCCAGGUUUCAAUGAGCCGUGGGGCAACGGCCUCAGGCCCACAAAGAAGCAGAUUGACCGCUGGACGGACGAGAACUCGGCCAAGUGCCUUGAAUACGUCAAACAACACGCAGAGCGCGGCAAUCCAGCCUUCGUCAUUAACUGCAUCGACGAGUUCGCGUCCACGAACCACAUGAUGAACAUUGGACAAGUGCCUGUCUCCUUAAACCCAAGCUACUCACCCAAUAAGAGCUCCUCCUGUGAUCGCUACGCUACAAUCGCCAACCUGGGCGGGUACCAGUACACUUGCGCUUGGACAUCGCGCCAAAAGAUUGUAUACCGAUGCAGUUAUUACCGUGGCAGACAGUGCAACGAUGUAUGCCCCGUGGAUUUUGCCAAUAUGUGGUACUUAUGGUGCACGAUCGCUCUACGGGCAGACAUCAUCGACUGCCUGUGUCAUUUCAAACAGGCAGUUCGUCGUAAAAUCCGCAAGCUUGGUAUUUCAAACAGUGCUGCAACAAUCGCAAUGACCCCGGGGGCGUUUGCAACCCCGCAUCCGAGUCUUACGACCUUUGCUGCCACCGUUGAGGCAUUGGCUAGAGGCCACGUUGCUGUUAUUGCUGCCAUUCGUGAUCGUCGCGCUCGCGGAUGUCCUCGCGAGUCAAUCCAGCUACCGCAACCGGUUGAACUUCCUGUUGAAGAAGAGAUCUCAAGUGGAGGCGAAGAAGAUGUUGAUGACGGUGCAUCCAGUGAAGGUGAAACGGACGGUACCGUCAGCGAUGACGACGACGAGGCUGGAAAUGGCGGCGACGACGAUAUGACAGACCAUACCCAAUUACGACCGAAUAAAAAGCUUACCGGGCAAGUCAAGCGAGCCGUGAUUGACGAGGAGAUGCGCAAGAAAAAGUCAGUCGUGAUGGCAGAACUGGGCGCUUACACUGGCUACAGUACCGUGAGGUCCGCGAGUCUGCAGAGUGAGGUCGUCGGCAAGGAGUCGCAUUACUACUCGUUUAAAAACUCGCCAGUAUUCGCUGCUCGCUUGUACUUCAUCGACCACGAGAAGACGGUCAAUUUGUCCGAUCUGAAGAUGAUUAUCGGCAGUCAAACGUUGGCUCCCAGCUCUGUUAUCGCCGCAGAAAGCGUGGUGAGACUUGGUGCGCCCGACUAUCUCGAGUUUAUUGAGAACAACCCUCAAUUCUCGACUGAGCGUCACACAAUCAGCUGUGGACGUGACGGCCUUUUGCUGCCGGACCUGUCCAUCGCCACAUUCUUGGGAUAA